AUGACGUCGACUGAGGCCAUCUUCAUCGGUGCGAAUAGACAGACACACGUUGCGGACAUCCACGUGGGCCGGAAGACCAUUGCUUUCGGCGCAGGCUCCUCCAUAGCUCUGUGGAAUCCUCUGGACCAUCACCACCGUGGAGUCCAUGCCACGUUGAAAGGACAUACUAAGGAGGUGACGUGUGUGAGAUUCUUCAAAGACAGCGAGUACAUGAUCUCUGGAAGCGAAGAUACGUCACUGAAGCUGUGGGUUUUUGACGACCACUCAAUGUCUCUGGUGCAGAGCAUUGAUCAUCAUUCCGAUAGCAUCGUGUGUAUGGGCCUGUACGGGACACUGGCCUGUGUCGGUGAUGUUAACGGCCAUAUCUCGGUGGUGGGGCUUGUGGAUGGCGAGAUGAGGCUACUGCACGAGUUCCAGACCCCUGUGGGCAUGCUGCCGUUGUCACUGGCGUUACAGGAGAUCUCACGGAACCAGUACGUGCUUGCCAUUGGUGGCUCGAAGUUCCAGAUACACGUCUAUGCGUUCACUCUCCAGGAUGGAGCUGUGAAGACGUUUGAGCUCGUUGCUGCUCUGGAGGGACACGAGGACUGGGUCAAGGCCCUGACGUUCAAGAAGCAGGCAGAUGGCGAUUAUCUGCUGGCAUCUGGCUCACAAGAUAGAUACAUCCGUCUGUGGAGAUUGAGAACCAAUGACCUGAUCGAUAGAUCCGAUGAGGAUGAAACUAAGCUCACGCUGCUGAGCAAUAAACAGUACAAAUUCUCCAUAGAGGACACCAGAGUUGCAAUCAACUUUGAAGCUCUCAUCAUGGGACAUGACGACUGGAUAUCCUCCUUACAAUGGCAUGAAACCGAGCUGAAACUACUGGCAUCCAGUGCCGAUACUGCAAUGAUGAUCUGGGAGCCGGAUACCAGCUCUGGUAUCUGGAUAUGUGCUUCUAGACUAGGUGAAAUAAGUUCUAAAGGUGCAUCCACAGCAACUGGCUCCUCUGGUGGGUUCUGGGCCUCGAUUUGGCUGGACGACGACCAGGGCAGACAGCACAUCCUCACCAAUGGAAGAACAGGAAGCUGGAGAAGCUGGACGUGUGACAAUGGCGACGCUAACAAUUGGAGCCAGAACGUGGCCAUCACCGGUGCGACCAAGAAAGGCACCGACCUUUCUUGGUCCACUGACGGCGAGUACCUGCUGGCGACGUCGCUGGACCAAACCACUCGACUCUUUGCUCGGUGGUCACAGGAUGCUGAUGGGACCAAGCGUGAUCGUAUCACGUGGAGAGAGUUUGCCAGGCCGCAGAUCCAUGGCUACGACAUGAUCUGCGUUGCAUCAUUGUCCAAUACAAGAUUCAUCUCUGGAGGCGACGAAAAGAUCCUACGUUCAUUUGACGAGCCAAAGGGCGUGGCCAACAUACUUCACAAGUUCUGUGGGAUUGAUCUCACCAGUGAAGUGACUGCAGAGUCGGCGUCGCUGCCAGCGCUGGGGCUGUCCAACAAGGCCACCAGUGAGGAUCAAGAACAGAACGCGAACGAGCGUGAAACCGCGGAGACUACAAACAUAUCCUACCAGAUCCUCGAUGAUCUGAGAUGGCCACCGCUGGAGGAUCAUCUGCAGAGACACACGCUCUGGCCGGAGAUCGAGAAACUUUAUGGCCAUGGCUACGAGAUAGUCAGCGUGGACACAUCGCCUGAUAGGAAGAUGGUCGCCAGCUCGUGCAAGUCGAACUCUCAGCAGCACAGCGUGAUCAGGCUGUUUGACUGUGAGAGCUGGAGCGAGAUGAAGCCCAACCUGUCUCUCCACAACCUGACCGUCACCAGGGUGAAGUUCUCUCCAGACGGCCAGAGGCUACUGACGGUAUCGAGAGACCGUCAGUUCGGUGUCUGGAAGAGAGAUCCCUCCAGCAACGAGUUCACGCUGGAGUUCAGCAAUGAGAAGGCCCACGCAAGAAUCAUCUGGGACUGUUCAUGGUCACGUUGUGGCCACUACUUCUUCACAGCCUCCAGAGAUAAGUCCGUGAAGGCAUGGCUCAUCAGGGACGAGGCCGGCGUCGAGCUGGUGGACACGGUCAAGUUCCCGGCCGCAGUGACGGCUCUGGACGUCACUGGCUACACGCUCAACGGCUCCAGCACCGAGCUCAUCGUUGUAGGGCUCGAAACAGGCAGCCUGAUCGUCUACACGUUCCGUUCCCACAAGCUGGAGCACGCCUACACCGUCGAUGCCAGAGAGACGCCGGGGGACCGCAUCUCCCGUGUCUGUUGGAGCACAGCACCCACAAACCACCGGGAGCCCUUGUUGUUCGCAGCAACAUCACACGACAACUCCGUGAGGGUGUACUCCUUUCACGCUUCCCAUGCUCUUUAA